UCCUGUGGGACUGCACUGCACUUGUUUUAAUUUCUGCAGGAGGAAAGUUUCCACACAUGUGAAAAAUGUCCAGAUGUUCACAUCUCAGGUCUGAUUGGAGAUUGAUCAAAAAAAGCAAAGAAAUCCCUGAAGUUGACAGAGAUGGUCUCAACACAAAUGCUUGACACACAGAAGAGAAAACAACAUUUAACCAUGGAGAAGCUCGGUUCCAUAUCAAACCCGUGAAGCAUGGAGAAAACCGUGCCAGGUCUGAUGCUGGGUCUCCUGACUAAUCACACAACUCCAAAUGACACAGCCGGCCAGCGAAGCACAACCAAGCCUACCCCUCCCAGCUUGGAGGAGGUCAUCCACUCAGAAUCCCAGAUUAAAGAUCUUGUUGGGCUGUUUUGCAUGGUGACCCUUAACCUGGCAGCCCUAUUGGGCAACAGCGGAGUCAUGGUGGCCAUUGCCCGAGCUCCUCACAUGAAAAAAUAUGUGUUUGUCUGUCAUCUUUGUGCAGUUGACCUGCUUUGUGCUAUAUUGUUGAUGCCUCUCGGGAUAGUAUCUAGUUCUCCGUUCUUCAGCACUGUAGCAUUUACUGUUCUGGAGUGCCAAGUGUACAUCUUUCUAAAUGUGUUCCUCAUCUGUGCCUCUAUUCUUACUGUGACCGCGAUCAGUAUUGAACGCUAUUACUACAUUGUCCAUCCUAUGCGAUAUGAGGUAAAGAUGACUCUAAACCUGGCGCUUGGUGUUAUGGUCUUCAUUUGGGUCAAAUCCAUCCUGCUGGCGUUGGUUACGCUUCUUGGUUGGCCAGCGUAUGGGAAUCAGAGCUCCAUUGCAGCGGCCCACUGCUCUUUACACUGGAGCCACAGCCGUCUCAGGAAGGUUUUUGCAAUUGUCUUCAGCGUGCUUUGCUUCCUGGUUCCCGCUGUUGUGAUUUUUGCCGUAUAUUGCAAUGUAUACAAAGUUGCACGAACAGCAGCCUGUCAGCACGCACUGAUGCCCACCUCGAUGGCCAACCAGGCUAAACGUCGCUCGGAUUCCAUUAACAGUCAGACCACUAUCAUCACCACCACUCGCAGCCUCCCCCAAAGAUUGUCUCCUGAGAGAGUUUUUGGGGGAGGAAAGGCUGCUAUCACCCUGGUUGUCAUUGUAGGGCAGUUUCUUAUCUGCUGGCUCCCGUACUUCAGUUUCCACCUUCACAUGUCCAUCACCACUCCACUUCAAAGCCCAGGGGACAUUGAAGAAGCCGUCACGUGGCUAGCGUACUCCUCGUUUGCUGUGAAUCCAUUCUUCUACGGUCUCCUAAACCGACAGAUCCGCGAGGAACUGAUAAAACUGAGAAAAUGUUGUGCAUGUAGGCCCGCUGAACUUCGAGCUUCCAGUCACGAAGGUUCCAUCCAGGAAAACUUUCUUCAGUUUCUGCAGAGGACCAGCAGCACAGCUGAGACCACCAGGCCCAGUUGUGGCAAUUCCAGUCCGAAGAAUAUUGUGGACCAAGGUGCCAGAUUACCUGGCCAGAUUCCUGAGGAUUAACUAGGAAAACAUGUCAGUAAAGGCACAAAGGCCACUAGCCAAAUCAAGCCUUAUGAAGUUUUGUUUUUAAUAAGAAGGGCAUCCAUUCAAUAGUAAAUCCAUGCAAAAUCAGAUCUAAAUGCUCUUUGGACCAGUGUAAUCUAUGUAUCCAUAAUUUGUUGUUAUGGUUCACAUAGAUCAGUGGCAAAAGUAAGUAUUUAUGACAAGGGUAAAUAUCAAAUUUCAUAACUUUUGUUGCAUAUUAAUUUAUUUCUGAUAAAUUGUUAAGUUAACUGUGAAUCACUCUUAGUCAUUAUUCAUUCGUUUCAUAAUAUCAACACUCAUACUCAAUAAUUACUAUUAUUUAAGUCUUGACUCAUAAUGGUGCCUGUAUUGAUACUAUCAUGACACAAAUAUAAAUUAUAAAUAAUAUUAUAUACAUUAUUUCAGUGAAAAUAAUAAAACAUAUUUCUAGCAUUUGAAAUGUGUUUUAAUGGCUCACUUUGUAGGAUGUUUCUCACUCCACAAGUUACAUUACUAGGCCUAAUUCAGUUUGGUUUGAGGAAAAGAACCUUCUUUGUUUAUCUGAGGGAGCUCUGAUGUUUGUUACUAAUUCCAUGUUGCCAUGUAACCAUGGAAAUGUGAUAAGACAGAGACUUGCAUAGCAACAGGGCGCCUUUGAGUAUCUUCCUAGCAGAUUGGCUGAAAUAAAGGGUCUCAGGCAAGCUCUUUUUAUAAGCUGCACUGUAUGGUAAUACCUCUUUUAUAUGACUAUUAUGUAUAGGAAGAAAUUACCUAUAGUUUGAGAUUAGCAGACAGAUAGCAGACUGUUAAUGUAACCUUUGAGAGCAGUGUACUAGAAAUCAUUACCAUGCAAUGCAAGUGUGCAGAAUGAGAUAACGUGCUGCAAUUUUAUGGUCUUUUGCUUUUUUGUGUACAACUUUAACAAACAGAGGGAAAAAAUCAGGAGCCUGCUUGUUUGUUCUUAGCAAACAGUGACAAUGACCUUUUUACCAGUUCAUAUUGCAGACUAGAUGUUGAAUUUGUUUUAAUUAUGUAACUUGGGCUGUACAGUAUAUUCAAUGCUUUAGUUUAGUAAAUAGAACAGGUCUGUUUGCUGGUGUGUGUAAAUGAUAGUGGUGUGAAGGAACUGUGUAUACAAAUAAAAUUGCUUCAGGUCGCAUUUCAUCCCUAUAAAUAAGUAAAAAAUAUAUAUAUAUACACACACACACACACACAUUGUUUAUAGCUUCUGUAUAAAUAAGGUAAAUAAGAACAAAAUUCUAACUACCAUAAUAAAUGUUUUGAUGUUUUUUGAUGUUUACUUUCAAGUUUUUUCCCUCCAAUUCCUUUUAUUCACAGUGGUGGUUCUCAUUGUCGUAAUGCAGUGCAGAACAAUUAUUAUUUUAUUUUUUUAUUUACUUCAGUAUAAAUUAAAGCCAGCACAACAAAUACUACAAUGAUUUUAAAAACUUUACAAUGUUAAUAUUGUUAGAAUUAUUUUGUCAUAUUAUUGUAAAGAGAUUCAAAUAGGAAAAUGUGUGUAAUCAUGAUACUGUCAAAAUGAAAACAAAAGAAUGUGAUCACUUUCUUUUAAGCAAAAUAUUUCUGUUUUUAUUUUAGGGUAAAUUAUAACAUAAUUUUGGCAGAUUCAGGCAUGAAAUCAGGGAGCUCAAUGCCUCUUGAAGUCAUUGUGAAGAUCCAUGUCAGUGAAAGUACUACUGUAUGUGAAGGAAUAGACUGAAUGAAGCCUUAUUCUCUAAAGCUAGCAUGCGGAUUAGUCUGUGGUUCAAAACAGGUCUUUCUCAUCAGUGAUUCAGUAGAGUGUGACCUGAUCUGUCACAACAAACAAUGAAACCACGAGGCAUGCAUGAGGAGAGAUAGAGAGUCAGAAACUAAAGGGGAGGGGCAGAGAGAGAGAGAGCGAGAGCGAGAGACAGAGAGGCAGGUACAUGUGGGGCGUGAUUAGGGAUUCAUAAACUUGAGUGUCCCUGUCAUGAUCAAAACAAGGCUAGGCAAAAAUAGAACCUGAAAGGAUUUAGACAUGUUGAGGUGAAGAUUAAAGGAAAUUGAUUAAAGAGGGGGGAAUCAUGGUCAGAUGAACUGCAACAAACUCCACCCCCUGAACUAUGGACACAAUAAUAAAGCAAUGAAGACUUGCUGUAAACAUUGUGUGGGUUACAGAUGACCAAAUGCUUUAAUAAAAUUGUAAUCUGAAUAACAAUUCCAUAUCACUAAUUUUUGGAAAAUUAAUUUAUAAAUUAUUUUGCCCCCUCUUUCUCACUUAUGUUGUUUGUAAAAAAAAAUUUUGCACCAAAAAUGGUCAUAAUUUACUCCAUGACCAUUCCACCCUCUUUCUAAACUUUAGAAUUAAAUGUACCAUUUUAUGCCUUUAAAAUCUCCAAGUAAAUGUAGCAUAUGAAAUGAGCGGCGUCCUAUGAAAUUUUUGGAUUUGAAGGAUUAUUACUGUAUGUUAUUUCAAUGACAUAAAACAUCAAAGUGACAAUAUGUUUUGUUCUAUUACAAAUAUACUAGUAUAAUUAAGUAGACUAUUAUAUAAAUGCUAGGGACAUUUUUAAAAUAAACGCCAGUUGCUUGUUUUUAACAAUGGGAUCUUAUGAAAGAAUAUGCAGAGUUUCAGGUGCUACACCAAGCCAGGAAGAGCAAAAGUUUGAGCAGACUUAACUCUUAUUGUUAGCUCUCUUGGUGUUUAGGAAUAAUCAAACUCUCCUUAUUACCUCAUUGUGCCUGGGUCGGCUAUGUUUUUAAACACUCAAAAGCUGUCAAAAUUAAUAUUUAUUUGAUUAUUUCCCAGUUGUUUAUUAUGUUUAUAGUUCUUUUUUAUGCAUUGAGUAGAGAGGACUGAGAUAUGAUGUCUGCAUGCACCACCUAACAACUGAGCUGUUUGGAUGCAAUUUUGUCUGAAGCUGCUGGUUCAAACGAGGUUUUGGGUGGGCAAAUCUGGAAUGGAAUGAUUCAUAACUUCAGCAACAUCUGGAGGGGCAGGUGUGAGUGUCAGUACACAGUGCUCCGAAUCCUGCUAGUGAAAUACUUAAGCUAGUGGGAUGGGAGUUUAUAACAUCAAUUUAGUGGCAAAAUAGGGUUUUGAUGUCAUGAUCUCAAUGUGAUUGCCUUUUUGACACCAAUGCACCUCGGGAAUCCACAUGAUCUCUCUGCUGUGUUCUAUGUUUUUCACUGUAUUAUUGAAAAUAUGAAAAGCAGAGAGUGCUUGUAGUGCUAAACAUUUAUUAAAUUGCUGAUAGAGCAGAAGAAUUAUUAUUGAUCUAUUUACUAUGAAUGCAUAGGCUUCACAAAGAAGCAUCUAAAAUAUUUAAAGUCAAACACAAUGAAGCAGCAUUGAGGAAAAUUCAGAAUUUAACAAUUGGCUUUAAAUCCUUUCAAAGUUGAAAACUUAAUGUAAUAGUUCAAUUUGAAUUUCAUUUGGAAUAACAGGAAGAAUACUGGUUUACACAACAAAAUGUGCAAGAACAGCCACUUAAGUGUUCUUUUUAGAGGUGAAAAGAUGAAGGUUUUUUUCCCCCACAUUAAAAAGUCAUGUACACUCACAGGAGAUGAAGAAUCAAGUCAUACCAAGUCUUUUUUUUUCAUGGUGAGAUCAUAACCCUUCACGUGAUGUAAACAUCACACAUUCUAGGAAAUUAAAUGUUAUUUUAAGAUAAAAUAAAAAUGAGUAAUAUAAGUUCAAAUUCAAAGUAUAAUUCUG